AUGGGGAAAACCGAUGGUAUAGGUCAAUCCCAGGAAAUCAGCACCAAUGGACUAGUGGCCUUGGUCAAUUCUGGACUCAGCAAGAAUAUUUUGGCUGUGGUAGAAAAUAUUCACCCCACAGAUAUAGAGACUCUUGGUUCAUAUUUUGACAUCGAUCCGUUUUUCUUCUGUGGCCAUAUCGCAUCUUCAUACGAAGAUAUUGAAAAAACUCAUUCCCCACCGCUAUUAGCUCUGCCACCAUCUCGGCUUAUCUCUCGGGCAUUUGUCAACAUUCACUACCAAAAGGUGCUUGACUUAGGCGACGAGUCCGUCUUGGGCCCCACGUCAUACCAUCUCGCCUUAUCGGCGAACGUUCCUAGGAGAGUCAGACGCCUUCCCGUUUUAUCUGGCAUACUUCUUGUGGACCCUGCCUCUGAUAUCGUGGUACAUCCAGGAUGCAGUGAUUCACAGACUCUAGGGUCCAGAAUCACCCAAAUUCCACGUCGGAUUGGAGUCGAAGCUUUCUGUGAUCCGCCAACAUAUGCUAAACUCCUAGCCUCAAAUGCAGCGAGCUCAAAUUUCCAGGCUCUUAACCCGAACGACAACCUCCUAAGCUUCUUCCACGUCUUACCUCCCGGAUGGAAAGCAGGAAACCCCAGCAUGUUAUCCCUUGCUUACUACCCAAUCCAGGUAGUAAUACAAGAGUGGAUGCUAUAUGGGUUGCUGAUGGGGCGUUAUAUCAAGUACUAUGAGUACUCUUUCAAAACCGUGCCAUCGCGGUUAGAGCAGUUUGAAAAGCACGAUAUCAUAGACCUUCAUAGAUGGCGGCGCCGGAGCCUGCAGAGUCUUCACAAGUUACAGAUAAUGAGACUUUUGGUCGAACACUGGAUCCCAAAAGUUGAAGAUUCCAAGCAGAACGAGGCAAUGACAACAAAACCCAUCACGCAUGGAGAAUCGUCAACUUGGAAUCUGCUAAUAGCAGAUAUCAAGUACUGUGAAGAUCAAAUUGUGCAGCAUUCUCGCUCCCUCGAGGCAAUGAACCCCAUUAUUACCUCGCUGGUGCAACUCAUGGACUCCCACAAGUCGAUCUCGCAGGCGGAGGAUGUCCGGCGUUUGACGUACAUUGCCAUGGCUUUUAUUCCCUUGACGUUCAUAACCGGGAUCUUUAGUAUGAACGAGUCAUAUGGCCCUGGGAGUGACCGCUUCUGGGUAUACUGGGCGGUCGCCCUGCCAACCGCGGCGUUCAUUAUGGGGAUAUUAGCGUUAGAUGGUAGAUUUGCUGCCCUGGUCGUAUUGUGCGCAAAAAUACGAAAGAGAGUAGUAGGACCAUCCAACCCAGUUUAA